AGCCGGCCCCCGGUCACCAUGGAGCCCUCGGGCAUCAUCAGCGUGGUCGUGAAGACCCUCAAGCAGAAGGAGCAGUUUGAGGUGGCGCCGGACUGCACCAUCCGGGAGCUCAAGGAAGCGGUGUCCAAGCGGUUCCAAACACCCCCCGAGCUGCUGGUCCUGGUCUUUGCUGGGAAGAUCCUCCAGGAUCAGGACACGCUGAGCCAGCACGGAGUUCGUAAUGGGGUCAGCAUCCAUGUGGUCAUCAGGUCCCAGAACAGAGCAGCAGUCAGCCUGGCAGAGCAAGGGAGAGCGACCACCCUGGUGCGGCCUCCCACCCACAGCCGUUCCGGCCUGGGAAGCAUGGAAGACCUGCAGGACCCAGGCUUGAUCCAUCGCGACUUGUCUGAGAUGCUGGCCUCCAGCCGGGAGGUCGUGGCACAGACCAUGGAGGAUCUCUUGUCCAGGAUCCUCGCUUUGGGCCUGGAGCUGGACACCAUCAGGAACAACGCGUUUCUGAUGGGGUUCCUCCUCGGGGUGACAGGCGUCCAUCUCCUGGGCCUGGACUCCACUGAAGUGCUGGAGCUGGUGAGCAGCAUUGAGGAGCAGGAUGUGUCCAUGCUCAGCCUCCUCACCAAGGUGCUGCAGAGCCCCAUGGUCAGUGCCGACCUCGUCAGGGACCUCAUCGUGUCCAACCCGCAGCUGCAGCAGCUGGCGGAGGAGAACCCCGAGAUUGGCCACAUCCUCAGCGACCCGCACACCAUCAGGGAGAUGCUGGAGGCCGCCAGCAGCCCCGCCGCCAUGCAGGAGAUGAUAAGGAACAAUGACCUGGCCAUGAACAACCUGGAGAGCAUCCCUGGCGGGUACAGCGCCCUGGAGCAGCAUUACCGGGAGGUCGAGGAGCCCAUGCUGGACGCCAUGGAGGAGCACAUGGUCCCCAACCCCUUUGCUUCCCCGGAGAGCCGCCCAUCGGCGAGCGGAGCGCAGCUGCCGGCGCACACCGAGAACCGGAGCCCGCUGCCCAACCCCUGGGCUCUGGAGCCCGGCAGCGCCGGCGGCACCGCAGAGCUCCCCGGCCGCAGCGCUGACAGGAGCUUGGCGGUGCCCAACAGCGGCGCGGUGCAGAGCAUGGUCCGGCAGCUGGCCGGCACCCCGCGGCUCAUGUGCAACCUGGGCUGCGCGCUGGCAGAGCCCGGCAGCCCCGCGCAGGCGGUGCUGGACCCGCACGCCCCCAGCGAUGGGAGCUCCCCGCCGCUGGAGCAGCAGGAGCUGCCUCCGGAGCUGCAGCAGGCGGAGAUCUCGGCCGUGCUGCGGAACCCCCGGGCGCUGCAGGCGCUGCUGCAGGUCCAGCUCGGCCUCCAGGCCCUCUCCGUGGAGGCUCCGGGCUUCCUGCUCAGCGUGGAGGAUGCGCGGCUGGACUGGGGGCUGCAGAGCACGGACAAGUCAUGGCAGUGCGCCGAGCCCGAGGACAGCAGCAGCAUGGAGCUGGGUGAGGAGGGAGAGGAGGACAAGGUGGAGGUGGACGCGGAGGAGCUGCAGGGAUUGUUUGAGCAGCAGAUGGAGCAGCUCAGAGCCAUGGGCUUCCAGGACCGGGGUGCAAACCUGCGGGCGCUGCUGGACGCGGAUGGAGAGCUCCAGGCAGCAGCUGAGAUACUGGCCAAGGCCCGGCAGGCAAACAAGACACCAUGA